AUCUGUAAAUUUCUUGAUUGAUUUUGAAUUAACUUCCAAAUUCGUUGGUGGUGAAGCUCCGCAACAAGCCACCAAAAUCCAAGUAAAGAAGGUCAGAAUGUCUGCGAUUUUCACUCCCAUUUCAGCUACUUCCUUUUCUGUCUCUGAAUUGGGAAAUUCUCGAGAGCCCGCCAAGUGUUUCUCAGAAAGACUGAGUUUUUCAGGGGAAUCCAUCUGCAGAAACCCUGUUUCUUGGGACAUUAGGAGAAGGAAUCUCUGUAAAAUGAUGGGUUUGAAGUGGGGUCGUGCGAGCACCACCGAUGAUGGAGUUCCAGCUUUUGAGCAGGAAGCCUUCGUGGAUGUAUCCUUGACUUUUCAAGAUGGUGGAAUUGAAGCUACUGUGAAUCAUUUGAGCAAGUGGCUUAUCUCAGCGACUUUUAUCGUAUUUGUUCUCUGGAGGCAUGAUGCACUAGCUUUAUGGGCUUCUCUGGGUUCUGCACUCAAUGCUUUGCUCUCAGUUGUACUUAAGCAUUCACUAAACCAAGAAAGGCCCUUUUCUACGUCAAGAUCAGACCCCGGGAUGCCUUCUUCUCAUGCGCAGGCUAUAGCUUAUACCAUCAUAUUUCUCGCUGUUACAUUGGUGGAGAUGCUUGGAGUCAAUGCUUUUACAGUCACUUUCAGCGGAGUUUUUGCUGUAAUUGGUUCUUACUUUGCGUGGCUUCGGGUCUCCCAACGUCUUCAUACAGUUAGCCAAGUGGUUGUGGGGGCAGUCGUGGGAUUCACAUUCGGAUUCCUCUGGUUCUGGUCGUGGAACAGCUUCGUGCUCAGCUUGUUCACAUCCUUCUUGUGGGCAAGAAUCGCGAUCACUUUGGGUGCUGUUGUUUUUGUUGCUUGUUUUCUUCUUCACAGUUACCGGUCCCAGCUUAAUUAAGUAUAAGAAAAUUUACAUCUCUUUCAACAUCUUUUUUUGUAGCUCUGAAUAGUGAAUGAAAAUCCAUAGCUAUAUCUUUUUUA